UGUCACAGAACAUUUUGUAAGGUUAGAACUUUGACGUAGGUGUCAAAAUUAAGCUAACCUCACAUAAAUAGUUUAAUCUAUUAUGUCAGCUGUUUAUUAGUGUUUAAUAAAUUAAUUGUUAUUAAAUGGACUAUAACUGUAAAAACUAACCAUUUAAUCACCACAUAAAGAAAAUAUAAGAAUGAAACCAGGUUGGAUAAAAAACACAUUUUUAAAUGAUAGCAACAAAAAAUCUACUGAAACCAAAAAACGUCAUAACAAUAAAGCCUGUGAAUGUUAACGUGUUGAAAUUACUGCAAAUAAUGGCACAACAAGGUGAAAAAGACAAUAAAAAUCCAUUGGUUUGUUCCAAUUCUGGCAGUACAUUAAGUAAUCGGAGUAUACAAGUAACAUGGGAUGUUCCUCAGCAAUUAACACCUAAUCAGUGCUGGGUUGAAAGUAACCCUUUUGGACAUAAUUUACAGUAUAAUACACCAGGAAAUUACCAUACACCAUGGAACAUACCUAUUAGGCCCAGUAUGUACCAUCCUGGAGGUUAUCCAGGUUAUAAUUAUAUGAAUCCUAACUAUAAUUACACAUCUAAUGAUCAGGGAAUCCCCGGAAGUUACUUCUAUUAUAAUGUGGUUCCGGAUAGUAUGUCAACAAGUUAUUCUGAUACUUCUAUGUCCAGUCGAUAUUAUAGUACACAUACACUGCAUAGGGAACAUUCUGAUAGUGAUUUGGUUACCAAAAAGACCAAAAAAAAAAAUGGCAAUAUACAGUCAAUUAGAGUUUGGGAAGACGCUAAAUCCUCUAAAGAUUGUCAAAAUAAAAAUGAGUUUUGUUUUACUCUAAUGUCUUAUAAUGUAUUAGCUCAAGAUUUAAUAGAUAGGCAUAUUUAUUUGUACAAAAAACAUUCUAAACGGUUUUUAAAAUGGCAACUUCGAUGGGAAAAUUUAAUAAGCGAAAUUGAGGAAACCAAUCCACAUAUUUUAUGUUUGCAAGAAGUUCAAGAAUCCCACAUACCAAGCUAUUAUGAUAGAUUAAAAUUAUUAGGUUAUGAUUACAUCUUUAAAAAACGCACUAAUCACUACACCGACGGUUGCGCGAUCUACUACAAAACCUCCAAACUAUCUCUAAAAGAACAUUUAAAAGUCGAAUACAAACAGUCCGAAAUUCCCCCACUAAACCGAGAAAACGUAGGCAUUGUUGCCAAAUUUGAACCACGCUCUCACCCUGGCGAAGAAUUCGUAGUGGCAACUACGCAUUUACUGUACAACCCCAAAAGAGACGACGUCAGAUUGGCGCAAGUUCAAUUGUUAUUGGCUGAAAUCGACAGGGUUGCAUUUAAGAGAUUUGAAGAUUGUAAACCUGUGUAUGUACCGAUCAUAAUAACUGGUGAUUUUAACUCUCUUCCUAACUCUUCAGUGUAUGGAUUUGUAACCCAGGGACAAUUGGACUUAAAGGAAUGUUUUUCUAGCCAAACAAAAGGUUUAUUACCAAAAUCACUAGGUAUUACCAAAAACUCCCAACAUGCAAAUUUACAACUUUUAAAUAAUCUGACUGGGGAAGAAAAAAUGUCAUUUAUAAAUCUAAGAAACACUGAAUACAACUCAAAUCCCCUAUUAACCUGCCAAAGUAGUGCUGAUAUUGAAAGUAUUAACGAAAUAUCACACAAUUUCCCCUUAAAAUCUGUCUACAAACAUUUCAAUGUUGAUGGUGACAAUGAGGGAACCACCCAUCAAAACAAGUGGGUCACGGUGGAUUAUAUUUUUUACAGCGGAAAGAGAUCCGAUUGUGAUGUAGUUGAAGACAAUAUUAAACUGCUAGAGAGGAUGACGUUGCCUACAAGCUUGCAACUUAAUAAUACCAAUAUCCCUGAUAGGGAUAAUGGCUCUGAUCACUUAUCUUUAAGUGCCAAGUUUAAAUUAGAAUUUUGACUCCACUAUUUUACGGUUUUGAUAAAACAUUGUUAUUUUAAUUAAUAAAACGUUAAACAGUUUCGUUUUUUUAGUGAAAAACAAUUUAGAAA